UAGUUUGACCGCAUUUGACAUAAUAAACGUGGCCCAACCUACUCGUCACGUUUCCCACCAAACACUUUUGACACUAUACAGCAAACUAACAAAAAAUGCUUAAAUGCUUUGAUCAGAAACAAAUUUCUCCCAUAACACUCAACUGUGUUUGGUUUUUUGCUGAAUUGAAGUGUGUUUAUUUGAUCAUCAAACAAGAGAAAUGGGAAGGAAGAGCAUAAGUGAGGUAGGAGUGGAGGACUUGGUUCAGGCUGGUCUAACCACUGAGGAAGCCACUGGCUUCCAAAGGGUCCUUAAAGACUCACUCAGCUGCACCAAAGGGUCCGACUCCAGUGAGGUCUGGAGGCACCUGGUGGCUCGAAGAGCGCUCAAGCCUUGGCACCCACAUGGGCUACACCAGCUGGUUUACUACUCUGUUUAUGCUCAUUGGGAUGUCUCCUCCAAAGGCCCUCCACCUUAUUGGUUUCCUUCUUUAUAUGAGUCUAAACAUACAAACAUGGGAGGCAUCAUGGAGAAGCAUGGUUCAAGCCUUCUUGGCCCUUUAUAUAAGGAUCCUAUAACAAGUUAUAGCCUCUUCCAGAAGUUCUCUGCUCAGCACCCUGAGGCUUAUUGGUCUAUUGUUCUGAAAGAGCUUUCAGUUUCAUUCCAAGAAGAACCAAAAUGCAUUCUAGACAGAUCUGAUCUUAAAUCGAAGCAUGGCGGAUCAUGGCUUCCUGGCUCAGUUUUGAACAUUGCUGAAUGUUGUUUGCUGCCUACUGCAUAUCCAAGAAAAGAUGAUGAUAGUUUGGCUAUUGUAUGGAGAGAUGAAGGUUGUGAUGAUUCUGGUAUAAACAUAAUUACACUAAAGCAACUCCGGGAGCAAGUAAUCUCGGUUGCCAAGGCGCUUGAUGCCAUGUUUUCCAAGGGCGAUGCAAUUGCAAUAGACAUGCCAAUGACAGCUAAUGCAGUUAUAAUAUACUUAGCAAUUAUAUUAUCAGGUCUUGUUGUUGUAUCAAUAGCUGACAGCUUUGCUCCAAAGGAAAUUUCAAUUCGAUUGCGUGUCUCACAAGCCAAGGCUAUCUUUACCCAGGAUUUCAUACUAAGAGGCAGUCGAAAGUUUCCUCUAUACAGUCGAGUUGUGGAAGCUGCACCAGAUAAAGUUAUUGUCCUCCCUGCAAUUGGGAGCAAUGUAGGCAUUCAGCUAAGAGAACAGGAUAUGUCAUGGGGAGACUUCCUCUCCAGUGUUGGCACUCGUUCAAGAAAUUACUCGCCAUGCUAUCAACCAGUUGACACUUUGAUCAAUAUACUAUUUUCAUCUGGAACAACUGGAGAACCAAAAGCUAUUCCAUGGACGCAACUUUCUCCCAUUAGGUGUGCAGCGGAGUCAUGGGCUCAUAUGGAUAUGCAAGUUGGAGAUGUUUUCUGUUGGCCUACAAAUUUAGGAUGGGUGAUGGGUCCAAUUCUAAUUUUCUCAAGCUUUUUGUCUGGUGCAACACUUGCUCUCUAUCAUGGAUCUCCUCUAGGCUAUGGCUUUGGCAAAUUUGUUCAGGAUGCAGGUGUGACUAAAUUAGGUACAGUGCCAAGCCUGGUGAAAGCUUGGAAGAAUACGCAGUGUAUGAAUGGCCUAGAUUGGACAAAAAUAAAGUGCUUUGCUUCCACAGGAGAAACAUCUAAUGUCGAUGAUGACCUUUGGCUAUCUUCGCGAGCAUAUUACAAGCCCGUUAUUGAAUGUUGUGGAGGGACAGAACUUUCAUCAUCUUACAUACAAGGAAGUCUACUGCAACCUCAAGCUUUUGGUGCAUUCAGCACAACAUCAAUGACAACAAGCCUUGUCAUACUUGAUGAACAUGGAAAUCCUUUUCCAGAUGAUCAAGCUUGUAUAGGUGAGGUGGGGUUAUUCCCUCUAUAUCUAGGUGCGACUGAUAGGUUGCUUAACGCUGAUCAUGAAGAAGUUUACUUUAAGGGAAUGCCAUUAUACAAAGGAAUGCGCCUCAGGAGACAUGGAGAUAUUAUCAAGAGAACUGUUGGAGGCUAUUUCAUUGUUCAGGGCAGAGCUGAUGACACCAUGAACCUUGGGGGCAUUAAGACAAGUUCUGUUGAAAUUGAGCGUGUAUGUGACCGAGCUGAUGAAAGCAUUGUAGAGACAGCGGCAGUUAGCGUGUCUCCAGUUGAUGGUGGUCCAGAACAGCUGGUUAUGUUUGUGGUAUUAAAGAAUGGAUAUAACUCUGAAGCUGAAAAUCUUAGGACUAAAUUCUCAAAAGCCAUUCAAAGUAAUCUUAAUCCAUUAUUCAAGGUUAGAUUUGUGAAGAUUGUUCCAGAGUUUCCUCGAACAGCAUCGAACAAGUUACUAAGGAGAGUAUUGAGGGAUCAAAUAAAGCAUGAAUUGUCGGCUCGUAGUAGAAUUUAAUGGAAUUCACUAGCUUUUGGUAUGUAUGGAGAAAACAAAUAUGUAGUUUGGUGAAGAAGGGGUUCACGAAGAUCAAAAUUAUUAAUAAUGAUUUUUAGUUGUAAGUUGAUACUGAGUUAUUAGUGUCUGUUAACAUCUCGACCAAGUGUGGGUUUUGUUAGUAGUAUACAACUAUUGGGUACCCUCCUCUUUUAGACUAGCUUUUGGGAGUGAGUUCUACUCAAGUAGUUGUAUCAAGUGAUAUUAGAGCUAUGCAUGAUGCACCCUCAAGUGGGAUUGAUGUUGCGGAUGUGGGGACGUCGGCUUCAAAGGGGGUGUAUUGUUAGGAUCUCACAUUGAACAAGUAUGAGAUUGGUUAGUAGUAUAUAAUUAUUUAAGCACUCUCCUCUCUUAUGCUAGCUGUUGGGGUGAGUUCUAUCUGAGUGGUUGAAUUACUCCUAAAGGAAUUGGGGUUCUUUAGUGAUUUGUUUAUUUAUAUGUAAUAGAAAAUAAGAAAUCUAAAUCUAAAAAAAUAAAUAUCAUUUUGGAUUUUA